AUGGUCAUUGAAAAUAAGAUCAAGCCUUCCGUUGCCCAUAAGGUUGAUGAUCAGUCGGAUACAGCCCCGUUGCGAUGUGAUGAUGCCGCGCCAUAUUUAAGGUGGAAGCGGGGCUACAAAGGUUCUUGCCAAUCAGCAUUGAUGAUUGGUAUGGAACUAUUCAACAACAUGAUUCCAGGCUUUCAGCCUGCUGCCAGUUCUUCUGGACUGAGAAGCCUUCAAAAACUCCUAGUCAGUAGUGAUGACCUUGCCCUUGAACCUGAACCCAGCAUCUCGCACGGCACUCUGAGCUGCAGCAAGAUGGUGCUGAUGCACACCUGUUUCGACUAUUGA